AUUGGGUAAACACCAGGGGAGGAGGUGUGUUCAGUUUCACAGUAUAGCACUUGUGUUAUGGGAGCUCUCUGCCAUCCCCCUUCCUAGUCCUCAAUAGCGAGUGUGCUGCAGCUCCGGAUGCUGUGUAUGCACGAGGGGAAGAGAGGAGGGACUGCCGUUGCUUCUCUGAGCUGGGGUCUGCAGGUCUGCCUUGCCUCUGCAGUGGAGACAGAAAGAAAGUCUCUCUCUCUCUCUCUCUCCCUCCCUCUCUCCCUCCAAUCAAACCUGAUCAUCUCAUCCCCCUUUCCUUCCUGUAUUGUAUUAUCAGGUUGAAACUAGGAGGAAGGAGACACACGACAGUCUAGAGAGAAAAGGAGAGUACAUGAUUUUCUACACAUGCCAGGCUCCUCUCAUCUCUAAAAAACAGAUGUACUGUGUUCAACUCCCUCCUCCAGAUGUCUGCACUGUGGACUAGUUAGAUCUGGAAGCUGCCAUCACGAAGAACAAGACUAUCUGCUAACAUUUAGAACCGAAAGAGAGAGGGAGAGUCGAUGACACUGAAACACACAAAUGAUGGACAAGAAAAGUGCAAAUGGCUUUUCCGCCAAGGCUUCUGAGAGUGGAGGACAGAGGAAGCAGCUGCCAUAUUCUGUGGAGACACCCUACGGCUUUCACCUGGAUCUGGACUUCUUAAAAUAUGUUGAUGACAUUGAGAAGGGUAACACCAUCAAGAGAGUUCAUAUACAGAGAAAGAACAGGGGGCCAAAAUAUAGCACACUGCCACGCAAUUUCAGCCUUCCUGGACAUGGUGCAAGACCUGCAGCUAAAGACACAUGGUCCAACACCUCCACCCUGGGGUCCAAGCCCAAGUCACGGGUAACCGAGGUCCAGCAACUUUUUGAUUUCAGAGCCAGCAAUGACAAUGCUAGCAGCAGCAGUAGCAGCCAAAGCACCCCUGCUGCUCAAUCAAAUGUGCAAGGUAGCAGCUACCUCUCUUCCCCCAAAACUGUGGAUCAGGUCCAUAUUCAGACUUCCCAGGACCAACAGGCUUCCCUGAGCCUUAAUGUGAGGCCUCACUUAUUUCGGGCAUCUAGCAUGCCUGUUAAUGUGCCGCACAGGAAAGCAUCUGACUCUACUGAUGAGCAGAGCUCUAAAUCACAGAAUGGCUCGACUGAAAAACUAUUUUGCCCUGCAGAUGGUAGUGACAGAAGAGGGAGUAUUCCUCAAGACAGGGCCAGCCUGCAUCAACAGAUAACGGCAGCACUGAAACGGGUGCGUGAACUAGAGGAGCAGGUCAGGACGAUCCCUGAGCUAAAGUCUCAGAUUUGUUCCCUAAGAGAAGAGAGGGAACAACUGCUUCAGAGAAUUCAAAGCCAGUCUCAGGUCAAGAGUCUGUCCGAGAAAGAGCCAUGUGAAAAACCCAAACAAGAAUCUCAAGAAAGUACUAACCUUCCUUCAGAAACAAAGCAGCAAGAAGCUCCAUCCCUUUCCCAGGAUACUGUGAGUGACAGUCAUGCUAAAAUUCCAGAAAUAGAGUCAAAUGUAGAUAAGCUAGCCAGGAACCUUGAAGGGCCACCAACUACCACAGAUCUGGGAGAAAGACCAAUUCAAAGUGUGGUCUCUGUUCCAGAGAUACGCAUUGAAAAAGCCGAUAGUCCAACUGAUUCAGAAGAAUCAGAGAAAACAUGGGAAGAACCUGAGCAUGAGACUGAAGUAUCAGAAACACUUUCAGAACAGGGAUUAGAAGAACAAGAGGAAAAGACAGAAAAUGAAGAGACUGACCUAACAGUAGGAUCUUCCGUAACAGAUGGAAAAGGAGAUAGCUCUGAAGCCACAGUGUCCCAAGAUGAAACUGAAAAAACAGAAAACGUUGAUCAAUCUGUUGUUGAAAAGGAACAAACUGCCUCCACAUUAAAUGAACAAGAUGUUCUCGCUAUCCAAGAACUCCAAGAAAAAGUGAAGACAUUGGAGGAAAGAUUAAGGCAGGUCAGCUGUGACCUAGAAACAACAAACUCCUUACUGAGGGUACAGAUUGAGGAGAAUAGACAAAAGGAUGUAACAAUUCAGGAGCUAAGUGAAAAAGUAAAAGAACCCAUUGAAGUCAGUGUAGAGCAAGAGAGGCAGGUUCCACCAGAGCCACCAGAGCCAUUUCCUCAACACAUUAAUACUUGUGAUGCAUCAGUCAAUACUGACGGCAAGCACGUGUUAGAAAAAGCAGUCCUAACAGACAUUGACAGUAUCAAAGAACCAGACCAAAUAUGUUGUAGUACUCAAACAAAUAUAGUUGAGACUCGAGAAAUUGAGGUCUUAGCACAGGUGACGACAUCGGAAAAAGUUGUGGGUGUGGAAAUUGUUACAUGUGAUCAGGCAGUUGAAACAGAUGCCAAUGAAAUUAGCUUACAAGCCAAAGAAAGAAAAGAGCUUGAAACUGCAGAUGAAGUACUCGCAUACAGUGUAGAAAUAGAUGAUGUAAAUAAGGAGAAAAUGAGUGAAAGCAUGGUCAGUGAGAGUGAUGUGGCUGAAGAGUAUGUUAUAGUAGAAAGGACUGAAGAUGAUUUGGUUGGGACAAUACCCAAGGAUGAUGUAAAUGUUGAGGAAAAAGAAUUGGUAGAGAAUGUGACUGAGGUAACCGAAACCAUAAUACCACAUACAAGCACAGAUGAACCAUUGCAGCAAGACCAAAAGCAACCGCAAGGACAAGACAUUCAGCCGCAACCUCAGAGACCUGCUGAAGCUUCAGCAUCACCUGCAGCCAUAGGCCAGGUUGUUACUCGGAUCCAAGGUCUCCUCAAUGAACAGUGGGCCAGUCUGGGAAGUGGGAGCCAGGAAACAAAAGGAGAGGGCUCUCAAAAACAGCCAGUCUCAAAGAUAAGCUCCAUCCAGAGUCACCUCCGAGGCUCACUUAGUGCCCUUUCAGCCUUCUAUUCUCCUGUUCAAAAAGGAAGUGCAGCAAAGCAGUCAGGCCUCAAAUCUAUUAUGAAGAAGAAUGACUGUCCUGACAAGCAAGGGGGCCGAGGAGCCAAGAAAAAUCUGAAAUUUGUUGGUGUAAAUGGAGGCUAUGAGACAACCUCCAGUGAGGAAUCCAGUGGGGAGGAGAAUGAGGACGAGAGGGUGAAGGAGAAGGAGAAGGAGGAGGAGGUGGAUAGCUCGGAGACGGAGGAACAGGGAGAGGAAAGUUGGGUGGCCCCGGAGGAGGAGAAGGAGGCUGCUACUGCUGGGGAGCAGGCUGAAGAAGCUGAGGCAGGGGGGUCCCAGGGUUCGGUGGAGCCUAAAGACCCCCAGGCCAGUGUUGAUCCCCAGGAGGAGCAGCCCAGCAGUGAACUUGUAGAUAAAAACUUCAUGGCUGCUUGUCACUACCUAAAGGACCGAAUGGCAGAGGUUGCUGCCCCAAACAAAGAGAUGAGGCAGGUUUUGAUGGUGCUCUAUCAGGAAUGGUUCCGUGUAUCCAGUCAGAAAGAGUCCCAGGCAGAUACGGUCACUCUGUAUCUAAGAGAAGUUGGGAAUCACACCCCCACUCUCCUGCGCUAUAUAGUUAACCUGGCUGAUGGCAACGGCAACAUGGCCCUACACUACAGCGUCUCCCACUCCAACUUCCAAGUAGUCAAGCUCCUGUUAGAUACAGGGCUUUGUGAGGUGGAUCAUCAGAAUAAAGCCGGCUACACGGCGAUCAUGUUGGCAGCUUUGACUGCAGCAGAAGGACCCGAGGACAUGGAGGUGGCCCAGCACCUACUGAGCCUGGGCAACAUCAACGCUCGGGCAGGCCAGUCUGGGCAGACAGCGUUGAUGCUGGCAGUUAGUCAUGCACGCACAGCGAUGGUGCAAGUUCUUCUCAACUGUAACGCCGACGUGAACAUACAGGACCAAGAUGGCUCCACGGCGCUGAUAUGUGCCUGCGAAAAUGGCCAUACUGAGAUAGCCAAACUACUGCUAGACAGACCAGAAUGUGACACUAGCCUGAAAGAUAAGCAUGGGCACACUGCACUGUCUCUGGCCAUCAAGUUCUCCCACUCUGAGCUAGUCGACCUUCUAAAGGCCCACGCUGAGAAGGCUGGAACUUCACACACCCCAAGUCUUCUCUGAGGAUGCUUGUACACUUCCUCUGCAGUAGCAACAGUACCUGCAUUCACCCUCCAGCUGCCUCAACCAGACAAACUUACCAGUGAGACUUAAUCAGAAAGCAAAAACAGACUUUCCUCAAUGUGGAUAAGCAACAGGCCAAGUAUUUACAGCUCUCUGAAGCGCAGUUAAACGUCAAAGCUCUUAACUAAAUGUGGAUGAAGCAUGGUGCAUUGUUACAUCUUGUGUCCUGUUUUUCAAGUAGUAUUAUAUUUUUGUCAAGUAGACAGCAUUAUACAUGAAUGUUACUAUAGAGUCUAUCAGAUACACACUAUAUUUAUUUUAUAUUGCACCUUGCUACACUUUUUUCUUUUUCUUUUUUAAUUCUCCUCUAAAAUAUACAAGGCCUGUCUGAAUAUAACCUGAUGAGCAAAAUUGUGUCUUCCAUCAAUACGGUUAUCAGGUAAUGCUUUUCAUGUUAAAACUUCAAAGUUUUAUUUUGUCUUUGUUUUAGCAUGAGGCCAAUAAAAUGGCAGGAUAGCUCCCAUACCAAAUACAUUCAGUCAAUAAAAUGCAAUGGAAAACGUUAGGUCAUUGCUGGACUCUGUGAUGAGCUUCACACUCUCUGGGCAGGUGUUUAAUAUAACUGGGUAUACUGAGCUGAUAUAGAAAAGCCCCACAGGAAAUUUUAAUUUAAUUUUGGUGUCUUGUACAAAGCCUUGUUGCUUUAUUAUUAUUAUUAUUAUUAUUAUUAUUAUUAUUAUUAUUAUUAUUAUUAUUAUUAUUAUAUGACUUCAGCAUCCAAGAUAGGGGUGGGCAAUAUUUUGGGUCUUUGCCACAAGAAGACUUGUCUUCUCUAUUUUUUUUUUAAUUUUUUUUCACUCUCAUUCCACAACCAGAAAAUAAAACUUCUUACUACACACACUGGCUUUUAUGAGCCACAUUAAUUACCAAGCAGGGAUGAGACACAGUCUUUCCCAAAUCAAGAACAUGAGGAAUAUGGAAUAAGGAAAAGUAUAGCAGAAUAAAGUCAGGCAUAAAUCUGCAGUCACCUUGAAAUUAAACCCUAAAAAAAAAACCUAAAGACGUUAGCCAGACUGGAAUAUUGUUUAUAUCUAAUGAGAGGGAAACACACACACACACACACACACACACACACACACCAACCCCUAAUAGCCAAACUCUGACAAAUGCCUUGCUUGACUGUUUUUUAUUUUUAAUUUUAUUCCCCUUAGUAGGAAUUUCUGUUUCCCUGUAGUGCAUCUGUUUGCACAUAACUAACUCAUUAUACAUUAUAACGUUAUGUUAUAUUAUUACUUUAUGUUAUAUAGCUACCACAUUUUAGUCAAGUCAGUUUUUCAUGUAACACUGAGUAGCACAUGGGAGCAUUUACUUGCCCGGGAGUCUAGCUAAUUCAGGUCUGAACAUUUAUGUCAACAAUUUGCUGAAGCAGCCACUUGGACCUGUAUUGAAUAAUAUUUGGGGAUCAUCACCAUCGAGUAUUUAAACAUGCUAUUGUAUUAAAUGCUGAGAUAAUAUUAAUAACCCUUGAAUGAGAGAAGCUCAUUCAGCUUUCUGUACAAUUACACAAGAAACUAUAUUUAGAUGUUAUAUUGGAAUAAACAAAAUGUCUAUUUUUCUUUGCGCUUGACUGCUAUUCAGUGCUUAAAAUGUUACAGAACAGUGGAAGAUGACUGCCAGAAGUUAAACCAUCCACACGUACCAAUGGACUCGUUUAUCAGCUAUAUUUUAGGUGUAGAAAACCAAACUAAAGACAAUUGAUUUGGCAAAGCAAUAAAUAUAUGGGAAAAAAUACACCUCUGGUGUAUAAAAUAGAAGUCUGACUGAGUGAAGCAGAGUCUCACAGCAUCAGUUCAACAGAGAAACACAGACACUAUUAUGAACCCAGUCUUUAAAAGGCACUUUAAUGUAAAUUGAAGCCUUGGUCUUGUACAUAACGUAUCAAUUGUCCAAUAUCGUGACUUGGAAAAGAUACAGAAAUGACACACGGUGAACCAAAUCCAUUUAAAAAAGGACAAAUCAUGUUGUUAGACUACAAAUAUUAUAGAAAGUGGUACUUUAUCGUAAAAAGCGAUCUACAUGGGACCCUAAAGUCUAAUAAUUAUUUAUUUUAAAUGCUAUAUUUUACAUGCUGCUAUAUGUAUGGAUAGAGUAUUCAUAUAUUAUCUAUAAAUUCAAUAUGUUUUGCUGAUGUGUCUUUAAAACAUGUUUGUAUGAAUAUAUCUUUUUUAUACACUGGCAAGAAUUUUUUCUUUCUUUUUCUUUCUUUUUUUUUUUUUUUUUUUACUAAAUUUACUCAAACAAUGUCUGUCCUGACCUCUGAUCCCAGUGAUUCCAGUAUAACAAGUUAAACAAUAUCUUGUUUUUUGUUUCCAGCAAAUGAAUCUAUAGCUCCAGGUUUUUUUCCUCCAUUGCAUUAGAUAUAUAACUAAAUGCUAUGAUGUUUUCCCCCCUCCCCACGUUAUAUUCUUGCUCCACUAAAAGAAAUAGAAAUAAAUGAUAAUCUAUAUAUAUACA